GCUCCUCAUUCUCCAAGAAGACAAGACCACAACUGGUGGCUAAAGCAACAUGGCUCCAUCACUUCUCGCAACGGCAGGAGGACUUCUGUUACUUUUCUCCUUCUCAUCGGCACAAAUAAGAGGAGACAGUCUCUCAUCAAUCUGCAACCCAAAUGACGGCUUUGGAAGAUAUUGUCCUACUACAUGUGGAGUGGCUGAUUACCUACUGAGGUAUACGCCAGGAGUUACCAGGGAUUUGGAGAAAAUGCAAAGAGAACUGGAAACAAUUGCUAAUUUGACCCAGGGGGCUGAAGAAAAAAUUGUCUACAUGAAAGACUCCACUGUUUCAGCUCAAAAGAGUUCCCCACAUGACUCAUACUUCAAAAAGUCAUCGAGUAUGCUGGAGGAUGUCCUUCGCUUUGAAAAGACCAUCAUUGUGCAGGAACAACAAAUGUUUGAACUUCAGAACAUAAUUUCAUCCAACGAGAGGAGAAUGGCAGAAUUGAAACAACUCUCCAUUCAGCUGCAGCAGAAAUGCAGUGAGCCUUGCCAAGACACAGUUGAGAUCCAACCCAUCACAGGAACAGACUGCCAGGAUGUUGCAAACAAAGGUGCUACCAGCAGCGGUCUUUACUUUGUGAAGCCAGUGAAAGCCACUGAGCAGUUCCUGGUCUACUGUGAGAUUGAUAGCUUUGGACGCGGCUUCACGGUGAUACAGAGGAGACGUGAUGGCAGUGUGGACUUCCACAAGGACUGGGUCCAGUACAAGGAGGGCUUUGGUUAUCUCUCCCCAGACGACACUACCGAGUUCUGGCUCGGCAACGAGAAGAUGCAUCUUCUGACUGCCAGCACGAACCUCCCAACUGUGCUGAGGAUAGAACUUGUUGACUGGGAGGGCAACAAGAGGUAUGCAGACUACACCAUGUUCAGGGUGGGGUCAGAGGCCGACAAUUACCGUCUCACCUAUGGUUACUACUUUGGUGGUGACGCAGGAGAUGCUUUCGAUGGCUUUGACUUUGGAGAUGACCCCAGCGACAAGUUCUACACAUCUCACAAUGGCAUGCAGUUCAGUACCGUUGACAAGGACAAUGACAAGUAUGAUGGCAACUGUGCUCAGCAGGACGGCUCUGGCUGGUGGAUGAACAGAUGUCAUGCUGCGCAUUUGAACGGCAAAUACUACCAGGGUGGCAGGUACACAGAAAAGGAUGCAGGUGAAUACGGCUUCGACAACGGCAUCAUUUGGGUCACAUGGCACAACCGCUGGUACUCCCUGAAAGAGACCACCAUGAAGCUCAUUCCCCUCAGCCGCAUCGCAGCAGGCGGUGAACAGCAGGCGGGUGUGAAACAGUUUGCCGGACUUGGAGAUUCCUAAAAAGUAAACACAUGUGUUUGAGGUCUACACUUAAUGUGUUCAGCACAACAACACUGACACCACCUUAGAUCAAAUAAAAUGCCUCCAUGGAAAAGUUCUGACUCCA